AUGCCAGCUGCAGAAUGGCCAAUUUUUGUGACACAGACAGCAGUCCACAAGGAGCUGUUUAGACACAAUCAGGAUGUGAAUAAGACAGAUGACUGCCUGGAGAUGGAUAACACCCUGCAAAAGUAUUACCUUUCUACCAUGUAUACCAUUGAGUUCAUUUUUGGCAUCAUUGGAAACAGCAUUGUUGUGUUUGGCUACAUAUUCUGCCUGAAAGUUUGGAAAAGUGGCAAUAUUUACUUGUUUAACUUAUCACUAUCAGACUUUGUAUUUCUGUGCACACUUCCAAUGUUGGUGACAAGCUACUCCAAAGGAAAGUGGACAUAUGGGAACAUUUUGUGCCAAAGCAACAGGUUCAUGCUGCAUGUAAACCUAUACACAAGCAUCCUUUUCCUUACCUUUAUCAGCAUUGAUCGUUAUAUGCUCAUGCAAUAUCCUUUCAGAGACCAUUUUCUACAGAAGAGGAAGAUAGCUGUUGUUUUCUCUGUUGCCAUAUGGAUCCUUGUUAUACUUGAACUGGUGCCAAUAAUCACCUUCAUAGGAUCUAGAAAUACUGCCAAUGAUAACCAAUGUAUCGAUUAUGCAAGUUCUGGAGAUCCAGCAAAAAACCUGAUCUAUAGCAUGUGCCUGACUCUUCUGGGGUUUGUAAUCCCUCUGUGUGUUAUGUGCUUCUUUUACGUGAAGAUGGUUCUCUUUCUUAAGAAACGUAGUGAGCAGCUCACAGCUGCUCAGGCCCUUGAGAAACCUCUUUCUUUAGUCAUCAUAGCACUGGUUAUCUUUUCACUGUUCUUUACUCCAUAUCACAUAAUGCGCAAUGUGAGGAUUGCCUCCCGAAUGGAAUCCUGGAAGCUAUCCCUGUGCACACGGAACAUCAUCAACACCAUUUAUAUUAUCACAAGGCCUAUUGCAUUUUUAAAUAGCGUAAUUAACCCUAUCUUUUAUUUCCUAAUGGGUGAUCACUUCAGGGAGAUGCUGAUGACUAAAGUAAGACAACUCUUAAAAAGGUUUACACCCACAGCAAAUGAGGUGACGACAAAGCACUCUGACACGGGAACACACUGA